UGUCAUCUUCCGUUUUCUCUGUGGCAUUAACCACCCCUCAUAGGCCGGCACUGCACAACAUAUAUUGCGCAACAGUGUGGCCUCCGCCUCCUCGCACGCUUCUCUAACCAGACUAGACCAGCCAUUCAUCUAGCUUUUGCUACAACUGCACUGCAGCAGCAGUACCAGCGUAGCCGUCGGAGAGCAGCGAUGUUUUCUUGCAGAGCAGCCUGGCAGAGGUGUGGGCCUCUGGCGCGCAGAGCAGCCUAUAGGUUGCCCCGGGAUGUUGUGCAGCGGCGACCAAUGUCAUCGGUUCCUGGUGGGUCUGGGGAGAACAUAGUCUACACUCUGCUGUGUGGUGGAGCCUUUGUUGGUGCUGUUGCAUACGCAUACAGCACUGUGUCCACAGACAGCGCCAGGUUCAAUGAUCGCAUUGCAGAAAUCAAAGCCAGACCCAAGACAGAGUGGGCACCUAAACCAUGGCCACCUAAGAGCAAGGACGAAGAAGAGGCCGGAGAGGAGGAGGAGGCGGAGGAGGUGGCAGCCGAGGAGGCUGCUGUAGAGGCUGAGGUUGGCGAAGAGGAGGUCGCCGUCGCUGCCGCCGAUGGCGAGGCCGAGUCCGUCGUCGAGGCUGUCGCCGAGGAGGCAGAGGCUGUCGUAGAGGCCGUCGCCGAAGCAGUCGUCGAGGCUGCCGAGGCCGUCGUCGAGGCUGCCGAGGCCGUGGCUGAGGUCGCGCACGAAGUGGAGACGGUCGCAGAAGAAGUGGCUCACGUGGCCGAAGCGGUCGAGGAGACGGCCAAGGCUAUCGCAGAACCAGCCGCCGUCGCUGCCGAGGAGCCCGAAAGCAACGUGCUGCUGGCAGCUGCCUCUGCUCUAGAGGUACCAAAGACAACUCAAGAGUUGGCAAUAACUGUUGAAGACGUCAAAGAAUCAAUGGCACCAGUAGAGGCACAGCCAGUUGAAGAAAUUGCACCAGUUGUGGAGGCUACUAAGCUAGCAGAAGAGGCCCCUGCACCCACAGAAGAGGCCCCUGCACCAGUAGAAGAAACACCUGCACCAGUAGAGGUUGUGCCAGCAGAGGUAUCUGCCGCCGAGGUUGCACAAGUUGUUGAAGACGUCCCAGCACCAGUAGAGGCUGUGCCAGUUGUUGAAGACAUCCCAGCACCUGUAGAGGCUGCACCAGUUAUUGAAGAGGCCCCAGCACCAGUAGAGGCUGAGCCAGUUAUUGAAGACGUCCCAGCACCAGUAGAGGCUGCGCCAGUUAUUGAAGAGGCCCCAGCACCAGUAGAGGCUGCGCCAGUUAUUGAAGAGGCCCCAGCACCAGUUGAGGCUGAGCCAGUUGUUGAAGACGUCCCAGCACCAGUAGAGGCUGCGCCAGUUGUUGAAGAGGCCCCAGCACCAGUUGAGGCUGAGCCAGUUGUUGAAGACGUCCCAGCACCAGUAGAGGCUGAGCCAGUUGUUGAAGACAUCCCAGCACCAGUAGAGGCUGCGCCAGUUGUUGAAGAGGCCCCAGCACCAGUAGAGGCUGCGCCAGUUGUUGAAGACGUCCCAGCACCAGUAGAGGCUGAGCCAGUUGUUGAAGACGUUCCAGCACCAGUAGAGGCUGAGCCAGUUGUUGAAGAAGUCCCAGCACCAGUAGAGGCUACGCCAGUUGUUGAAGACGUCCCAGCACCAGUAGAGGCUACGCCAGUUGUUGAAGACGUCCCAGCACCAGUAGAGGCUGCGCCAGUGGUAGAAGAGGCCUCAACGCCAGUAGAACUGGCUGUGGAACCAGUCGUCACAACAGUUGUGGAAGAAGUCGCAGCAACCCCUGCUGUGGAAGUAGCCACCCCAGUGGUGGUGGAAGAAGUAGCUGCAGAGACCCUGGCAGAAGGUCCCAAAAGAGAGUACUUUGUUGUGGUUCUGGAAGGAACACCGAAAGCUGAAAAAAGGCCAAAGGUGCUGGGAGUAGGGCCCAUGACUGGAAGAAUCAUCCAAGCUCCAGAAGAGGAUGAUGCCCCUGCUUCUGAGGGUAGGCGACGUCUUCUUAGGAUGCAAAUGCAGUAGUUCCAAAUAAGUAAACGGCUCCCGAAUGAUGACUUUCUAUCCUGCAGAAGAAAAGGAUGUGCCUUUCUCGAACACUUUCCCUUUCUCCCUUCACCCAUAAAAAUGCAAGGGAUUAAAAUGUAGUUUCAGUGAAAAGAUACACAUACUGCAGUGUUUAAAUCAAUGCCUGUUUAUGGAACCAUCCUCCCUCACAUAUUAGCGGUGCCCAUAUGGCCCAUUACUGUGACACUCCACACUGACUUGACUGUAUAGUCCCAGCUGGUGGUCAAUAGUUGAACAGAUCUUCUGGUUUAUCAUGUAGUAGCCUCAAUAAGAGUUCUUGUAACUUCUGUGAAUUGUAACCCGUUUACUUCUAUAGACAAAACUGAGCCAUUCAGUCACCCUAUUUUAUUUUUUUUUUUGUACUGUUACAGUGUUCACUGCCUCAGAAAUCACUCCAGUGGAAUACCUUGAUACUCAUCACCGCAUCCUGUUAACCCAGGCUCUGCCCAGCCACUUGCAAUGUGAAACUAGUGUUAUAUUGUAAAGAAGCAAGGCCUGUUUUUAUUCACCAGCAUUCUUUUCAAUACCCGGCCUCAGGUUUUUCUCUGG